GAAUGACACGUCGCACGAUAUGAGUUUAUAAGUUGAGUUGUGUAUAAAUUGGUUAUAUUGUGAGUAAGAUCUUUUUGCGGGUGUUUUUAAGGAGACCUAUCCACAAUGGCUGUUGUAGAACAGCCCUGUUAUACGCUUAUUAAUUUGCCUACCGAUUCAGAACCAUACAAUGAAAUGCAACUCAAAAUGGAUUUGGAAAAAGGAGAUAUAAAAGUGAAAAUCAAAGCUCUUGAAAGAAUCAUUCACAUGAUCCUAGCCGGAGAACGACUUCCUCCCGGCUUUUUAAUGACUAUAAUACGAUACGUAUUACCUCUUCAAGAUCACCUCGUCAAGAAAUUGUUGUUAAUUUUUUGGGAAAUUGUUCCCAAAACGUCAGUUGAUGGAAAACUCCUUCAAGAAAUGAUUUUGGUGUGUGACGCAUAUCGGAAAGACUUGCAACAUCCUAAUGAAUUCUUACGUGGCUCAACGCUACGGUUUUUGUGUAAACUCAAAGAACCAGAAUUAUUGGAGCCUCUCAUGGCCACUAUCAGGGCUUGUUUGGAACACAGACAUAGCUACGUCAGGAGAAAUGCUGUACUUGCAAUAUUUACCAUUUAUCGCAAUUUUGAAUUCUUAAUUCCUGACGCCCCCGAAUUAAUAUCCACUUAUUUGGACGGAGAACAAGACAUGUCCUGUAAGCGUAAUGCAUUUUUAAUGUUGCUUCAUGCCGACCAAGAACGAGCCCUGUCUUACCUGGCCUCAUGCUUGGACCAAGUAACUUCAUUCGGGGAUAUUCUGCAACUUGUUAUAGUGGAGUUGAUUUAUAAAGUUUGCCACUCUAACCCUUCGGAGAGGUCUCGAUUCAUCCGCUGCAUCUAUAAUUUGUUGAACUCCAGUAGUCCUGCUGUACGAUACGAGGCGGCUGGCACCCUCGUGACACUCUCAAAUGCCCCGACGGCCAUUAAGGCAGCUGCAAGUUGCUACAUCGAUCUGAUCAUAAAAGAAAGCGACAACAACGUGAAACUGAUCGUAUUAGAUCGGCUGAUCGCCCUCCGUGAGCAUCCCAGCCACGAGAGGGUGCUGCAGGAUUUAGUGAUGGACAUCCUGCGAGUCCUGGCCAGUCCCGAUCUGGAAGUGCGCAAGAAGACUUUGAAUUUGGCCAUGGAACUGGUUUCUUCCAGGAAUAUAGAGGAAAUGGUGUUGGUUUUGAGGAAGGAGGUCGCAAAAACUUUGGAUGUUGAACACGAGGAUACUGGGAAGUACCGGCAAUUGCUAGUUCGCACGUUGCAUUCCUGUUGUAUCAAGUUUCCUGAUGUCGCGGCCACCGUUAUUCCCGUCUUGGUCGAGUUCCUCUCUGACACCAAUGAGUUAGCCGCUACAGACGUCCUCGUCUUCGUCAGGGAGGCUAUACAGAAGUUUGAGAACUUACAGCCGCUUAUAAUAGAGAAACUGCUGGAAGCCUUCAGAGACAUUAAAUCAGUAAAGGUGCAUCGUGCAGCGUUGUGGAUCUUGGGCGAGUAUGCGGAAUCGAUUUCGGACAUUGAAGCCGUAAUUAAAGAAGUAAAUCACACGCUAGGGGAGGGCCCCCUUCUGGAAGCCGAGCAGAGGCUCAUUUCUGGAGACACGGAGGAGGCGGUCGUACAGACCCACGCGGGGGGCACCACCACCCUCGUCACGUCCGAUGGGACGUACGCCACACAGUCAGCUUUCAACACUGUACAAAAGUCCAGCAAAGAGAAAAGACCACCGUUGCGUCAGUACUUGGUGGACGGGGACUUCUUUAUCGGGGCCGCUCUGGCGUCGACCCUCACAAAACUAGCGUUGCGAUAUGGCCAAGUCUCACCGGCUACUCAAAGAAACAGGUUCGACGCGGAGGUCAUGCUGAUUAUGGCAGGAAUCGUCCAUUUGGGGAAAUCGGGAUUACCCACUAAACCGAUUACAAAUGACGACAAGGACCACAUCCUGUUCUGUCUGAGGGUCCUCUCCGACCGUUCCCCGGCCAUCGUCGAGGUAUUCACCGACCUCUGCAGGAGGGCCCUCAACGACAUGCUGGUCGCCAAGGAGGCGGAGGAGGCGUCGACUCAGAAAGCCAAGGAGAAGUCCGGCAACACCAUCCAAACGGACGAUCCUAUCAGUUUCUUGCAGUUGGAGAGCGACAGAAGCGGGGAACUGGGCGAGAACGUGUUCGAGAGCUCCCUGUCGCAGGCCCUUGUCGGGGGGAGAGGCACCGGCUCGGACGGCCUCGGCGGCAUGAACAAGCUCAACAAGAUCACGCAGCUGACGGGCUUCUCGGAUCCCGUGUACGCAGAGGCAUACGUGCAUGUCAACCAGUACGACAUCGUGCUGGACGUGCUGAUUGUCAAUCAGACAACGGACACGUUGCAGAACUGCACCCUGGAACUGGCGACUUUGGGCGACCUGAAGCUGGUGGAGAAGCCCCAGCCCGUGGUUUUGGCUCCCAAGGACUUCUGCAACAUUAAGGCCAACGUGAAGGUGGCGUCGACGGAGAACGGCAUCAUCUUUGGCAACAUCGUGUACGACGUGACCGGGGCUGCUUCCGAUAGGAACGUCGUCGUCCUCAACGACAUCCACAUCGACAUAAUGGACUACAUCGUGCCGGCGUCAUGCAGCGACUCCGAGUUCAUGAGGAUGUGGGCGGAAUUCGAGUGGGAGAAUAAGGUGACGGUCAAUACGCCACUGACUGACCUGUCCGAGUAUCUGAAGCACCUGCUGAGGAGUACCAACAUGAAGUGCCUCACGCCGGAGAAGGCGCUCAGCGGCCAGUGCGGCUUCAUGGCCGCCAACAUGUAUGCCAAGUCUAUCUUUGGCGAGGACGCGCUGGCCAAUCUGAGCAUCGAGAAGCCGUUCAAUAAGCCGGAUGCGCCCGUCGCCGGUCACAUCAGGAUCAGGGCCAAGAGUCAGGGAAUGGCUUUGAGUUUGGGCGACAAAAUCAACAUGACCCAAAAAGGUACUCAAAAUAAAAUGGUGGCGGCGGCCUAGUGCACAAAAUGCCCGCCUAAUAACAAACAUACAUAUUUUAAUCCACAGCUUGCUACUAUCCCUCUAAUAAAAUAAACCUCUCGUUCUA